CCAGGGUACUGAGAACUUCUGUGACUUGAGUCCAAGACACUCCAUGUACCUUUGGAGAAUUAGAAGUACCCCCCACCCCCAGUUUGGUAUGACUCCACGUGUCCACCGUAAAGACCCUGGUCUCUACCCUGGUCUCUACCCCAACAACCCAAUGGUAUGCAAAGUGGAGAGAGGGGAUAUUCUCCGUGAAGUAGCCCUGCUGGAUAUGCACUUGAUUCCACUCAAGCCCAUUUGAGAAAGACUUCACACAUA